UACAAUUUUAUUAUCUUCCCCAGUUUGCCCCUCGCUUUCUCUCCCUCUCUCUCUGCGGAGAGAUGUCGCCAUCUCUUCCACUUCACUUCCUUCUCUUCACACUUGCAGCAGUUCUCACAUCUCCAGUCGCCUCUCAUUUCUCGUCUGCAACCUCCUCUCCGUCGCCGGAGGUUGCGCCGUCACUUUCUGAGUGGAGAUCUGCUCGGGCCACGUACUAUGCUGCUGCCGAUCCUCGCGAUGCGGUUGGUGGAGCUUGUGGAUAUGGUGAUUUAGUGAAGGCAGGUUAUGGCAUGGCGACGGUGGGGCUCAGUGAGGCGCUGUUUGAACGCGGUAUGAUCUGUGGAGCUUGCUUUCAGCUUCGGUGUGUGGAGGACCUCCGGUGGUGUAUUCCUGGUACCUCUAUCAUUGUUACUGUUACGAAUUUCUGUGCGCCUAAUUAUGGCUUUACGGCUGAGGGUGGAGGCCAUUGUAACCCUCCUAAUAAGCAUUUUGUGCUCCCUAUUGAGGCGUUUGAGAAGAUCGCUAUCUGGAAGGCGGGAAACAUGCCUGUUCAGUAUCGGAGGAUCAAAUGCAGAAAGGAAGGGGGCAUUCGAUAUACGGUUUCGGGGUUUGGCAUCUACCUCUCUGUGUUGAUAAGCAACGUUGCAGGCGCUGGAGAUGUCAGUGCUGUAAAGAUCAAGGGCUCGAGAACCGGUUGGCUUUCGAUGGGUCGUAACUGGGGGCAAAACUGGCACAUAAAUGCUGACUUGAACAAUCAGGCCCUAUCAUUCGAAGUCACUAGCAGUGAUGGAGUUACAAUUACGUCCUACAAUGUUGCUCCAAAGGAUUGGAACUUUGGGCAAACUUUUGAAGGUAAGCAAUUUGAAUCUUGAAAAUUUCCACUGUUAUAUUAGUUUCCAUUCUCUCCCGUAGGUAUAUAUAUUCAUCUUUUUUCUUAGCCGAAGGGUAAUAGAUUUUGAUUUUCAUAUCUUCAUCAAGUGUACAAGAACAGUGCUCGUCUCAAUGAGGCUUUGGGAUGAUGUUUGUAAAGGAUAAGUGCAUGACAAUUUGGUCUAUUAAGUAUAGCUUUAUAUUAUAUAUUAGUUUAUUAUCUUAAUGUA